UCGAGUCCCCGGAUUCUAACAACGUAAAUUGCAGGACCAUCAAAUUUAAUUAUAAACUGGCCGAUGUAGGCUUUAAUUGUCGUUUUCAAUUAUUAGAUAGGAAUUGAAACCCGAAUAAAUCGUUUUAGUGAAACCGUUCGACUUUUACUGAUUUUUUUUCGGAAUUUUCAUUCGGCUAAACCAGUCGCGAAUUUUCGAAAAGCUCGCGCGAUUCGCACGAGUGCUAGCGUAUGUUUGGUGUAAUAUGGUGUCAGUGUGCAAACAGUCCUGCCAUUUUAGUUAUUAGUUUGCAAUCGUUGAUAGUCAAUAAACGAGGGUGUGUCUCCUUGCAGGAGCAAUGCUGACCUAAAUAUUGCCAACAGGAAGAGGAACGCAGCCCCGAUUGAAAUGGUCAGGGGGGCAGCUAUGGAGGGGGGCUUAGAUGCAGCGCUCGCCGCCACGCCGCCAUGGCGCUGCUGAUGCGACGUCUAUUCGUAGACGCUCAGGCAAAGCUUCGCAGAAUGGUAGAGGAACACUCUGCUAAUCUCACCGCUCGGAUAGAUUCCGAUUAUCCCAGUUCUAUCCCUCCCCCCGUUUCCAACACCGCUUGUCCUUCCCAAGAGUUGAAACUGACCGAUUCCUCGUCCGGCUCUCCCAUCGGUCAGGUCUCUGAUGUAAAUUUCGUAAAACCGCUGCUUGGCGCCGAAGAAAAAGAAACCGCCGCUUGUGAUUUAGAUGUUAAGUGUUUAACGGAACUGAAAAAAGACAUUUACAAAUCCUCCCGACCGAAUUCUAUCGAAUCACGUCGAAGUAAAUCUUUAUGCAAUACUAGUUCAGUAGAAUCCAGCGACGACGUCAAAGGGAAGAAAGACGUCAAAAAGACCAAAUCUAACCCAGUGAAAUGCGAGGGUCCAAACUUAAAUACCGAAACAACGAGUGACAAAAAGGAAAACGUGAUGACAGUCGAAGAAAAAGCCAGUCCGGUCAAGGACAGAUCUUCCCCCGAAAACCAGAACGUUGAACGUCUAGAAUCCCCAAAACCGGGAUGCAGCAAUCAACCAGAAAUCGAUUCUUCUUCGCCGCGUUCGCCUCGAAGUUCCGACGGAAAUCGUGACGAACUCUCCGCUCUUUUACCUUCACCUUCGAGUUAUCCGAAAGCAGCGUCAGCCAUUCGACGAUUGCGGCUCGAAAAUGAAAGAUUACAAGCGGAAGUAACAAGACUGAGACGCUUGGUGGUUUCAGGAGCUUCUUCCGUUCUCGCUGAAAAGAAAACUCCCACUGAAACUAGUGAUAGUAAGACGAACGUGCUCGAAAUGGAAUUGCAACUAGCCAAAGAAGCCCUAAUCACUCUUAAAUCUGAUAGGCGUCGAUUGAAAGCAGAAAAAUUCGAUCUGUUAAGUCAGAUGAAACAGCUUUAUGCCACUUUAGAAGAUAAAGAAAAGGAACUUAGGGACUUUAUCCGAAACUAUGAGCAACGGGUUAGGGAGAACGAAACUUCUCUGCAGCAACUUUCGACGGAACGCGAGGAACGCGAAAGAGAACGUUGGAGUUUAUUGCGACACGCAAGGGAUGAAGCUGAACGCAGUUUAUCUUUAGCGGCCCAACUUAACGCCAAGGAGUUACAACUUCAACAAGCACAAGAACAGUUGCAAGAUGCUCGAAGACAGUUAGCUUCGAGUGGAUGUCUAUCAGAUCAGGAGUCUCUUGCCUCAUUACCUCGACACAGUAUUAAUGGAGGCGCUCUUACUCCCGGAUCGGGUGGGUUGUUAUCUGGACAUCACGGGUUGGGUUUGCUGCCAGGUGAUAGAGGCAGUUGUAGUGCAGAUUCCGGUGUUAGAGUCAGUUCUGACAGGGAAAGUGGGGCGACUUCAGUAGCAGGAAAUUUAUCUGAUUCAACUACCGACGGAACACCAACGAUUACAGUUGAAGGGAGCAACGUAGAAGUAGAUUCAGUGUCUAUUGUCUCAUCGGUCCCACCUCCCCACUUGUACCAAACUGUAUCAACUAAAGACUGCAGUCCUACUUUAUCGCCUCUUAACGCUAACACCUUCUCCAGAUCUAUAGAUACUGGGGCUUUGUCUCGAAAAACAAAUUCCAGAUCCGUGGAACAAUUAAGUUCGCCUCUAGAUCCUGAACCACUACCUAUAGGAAGACGUUUGAAGCAUCCGCACGGGAGACCGGGAGGAGGCCGUGGAGGCACUUGGGGAAGCAUUUCUAGAGUUUUUGCCCGAUCGAGACACAGAAACAAAACCAACUCUCUUCAAGAAAACUGUGAGCACAAUUUUGAGUCUUACCGGAGUUGGUCUCCUCUAACGGAAGAAGGUUACGCCGAGAAACUCCGUUUGUUGAGGGAAGCCGCUUCAAUCCCCAUGGAACGAUGGAGGGCACCUACUGUUCUAGCUUGGUUGGAAGUCGCUUUGGGAAUGCCCCAGUAUGGCUCUCGAUGUGCCGAAAAUAUCAAAAGUGGCAAGAUUGGUCCUUUGCAUGGCCAGGUGCUCUUAGAACUGAGCGACUUGGAGUUGGAAUGUGGGCUUGGCAUAACGCACCCUAUGCACCGGAAAAAACUCCGAUUAGCAAUCGAGGAACACCGACAACCUGCGUUGGUCAGGUACCCUUGCAUUGCUCAAUUAGGCCACACUUGGGUGGCAAGUGAGUGGUUACCCGAUCUAGGAUUGGCCCAAUAUUCCGAGAGUUUCACUGCUAACAUGGUCGACGCACGGAUGUUGGAACACCUUAGCAAAAAAGAAUUAGAGAAAUAUUUAGGAGUUACUAGAAAAUUCCAUCAGGCGUCUAUCGUUCACGGAAUUCAUUUGCUUCGUAUAAUGAAAUAUGACCGACAGGCACUCGCCGUUCGAAGACAUCAAUGCGAAAAUAUAGAUGCAGAUCCCCUAGUCUGGACUAAUCAAAGAUUCAUACGUUGGGCGCGAAGUAUUGAUCUGACUGAAUACGCCGAUAACUUAAAGGACAGUGGCGUGCAUGGAGGGUUGGUAGUGUUAGAGCCAUCUUUUAACGGCGAUACUAUGGCAACAGCAUUGGGGAUCCCCGCUAGUAAAAAUAUUAUAAGACGGCAUUUAAACGCCGAGCUUGAAGCUUUGGUGUUACCAGCAAGAUCCACACUAGAGCACUAUGUUCGAGUCAGAGCCAAAUCGCGUGUUCUGGGAGGGUCCCUAGGCCGGUCAUUUUCCCGUUCCUGUGCAGGACUUGUAGGACCACCAUCAGUCGUCACUCGCGACCCGAUUAGUGCCGAGUCGCGUAGAGCCAGUCUCAGGAACGAUUGCAAAGCUAGGGUAAGUGCACCGACACGAUGUGUCCAGCCAAGGGCCGUUUUUAUGAAUGUGUGCUUUCAGGGCUCACUGAGUCGCGCGUUGGGUCUCACGAAGAGCAAAUCUGAAAGGGAAAGGGACAAGCAGUCGCCCACGUCGAGCUCGGAGAGCUCAUCGGUGAUCAGCAGAGUGAGCCCUCCGUUGAGUUAUUUCAGAUCGUCGAGGUCGGGGGGCGAGUCGCCUAUUUAUGCGACGCCGUUUGCCAAUCAUAACGCCUAUAACCGGAGGUCGGAAGAAUACGAGAGUUACAUGAACAGGAGGUCGAUUGACGAAUACGAAAUUACUAAAAGCGCGCAGAAUGUCGAUAACAUAUCGAAGGGCGAGAAAGGGAAACUUUUUGGGAAUUUCAUUGGCGGCAGUUUGCAUCGGAAGAAGAAGCAGCAUAGACGUGUCAGGAGUAUUGGAGAUAUUGAUGUGAUCCACAUUCAACCCGUUUAGCUUGAUUACGGAGCCUUCUCACAUUUUGCUCAAUUUUGUUCGGAAAUAGGCAGCAUUUUAUUGUUCAAUGUCUUGGACAUUUUCUAGUAAAUUAUUAUUAAACCAAAGCUAACCAAAUACAGUUUUAACUAUUCACGAUGUAAUAUAAUUAGGCGAUUAGAAAUAUUGAUGGAAAUGUAACCAAAUGGUCUAUAUUCAUUACUUAUCGAAUUAAAAGCGAUUAUAUUUCUAUCGAGCGAUUGUUUUCAUCAUUACAAACAACAAUUCAAAUAGAAAUUAAUUAGUUCGCUACUGACAAUUAAUUUUUCAAUUACUGGCACAAGUCGUAACGACAAGUUAAAUUAAGACUAAAUGUAAUUUUUUAUUUAUGUUUCAUUAUUGUUACCAUGUACGUACUAUGUGAUUUCAGUGGUAUUUUGUUAUUGUGGAGUAUUGCGUGUAUAGUGUUUGUUUAUUUUAUAUUUAUUUUAUUGUAUCUAUUUAUUCAGAAAUAAAAGCCAUUAAAUAUU